AUGGCAUCCCCUGAUCCUGAAGUUAUGGCUAACAAACUGGUGGACUAUGAAGAUGCAGACAACUCUAUUGUUGAUCAUGAAGAUGACAUUGAUAUUGAAUUUAAUAGACGUGGCUCAGGUGAUUGGAGACCACAUGGAACCCGAGGUUUGAACUUGAAACCAGAGCCUUUCAACGGCAGUGACGAUUGGCAGGAGUAUAUCUCCCAUUUUGAAGUGUGUGCUGAACUUGGAAGAUGGAAUGAUCACGAGAAGGUCCUGGUCCUAGCAGUAUGUUUACGAGGCCCUGCCCGCACAUUCUACAUAAGUCUCCCUGCAGAGUUCAGACAGCCGUACAAUAUAUUAAUUACCAAGCUUGAGCAGAGAUUUGGGAGCUCUCGACAGCAGAACCGGUGGCUCUCCAAAUUUGAAUCCAGGCGACGUAAACCAACAGAAUCUAUAGCUACCUUGGCUGAUGAUAUUCGACAGAUGUCCCAGAAAGCUUACCCAAACCUCGAUGCUUUGGCUCAGGAACCUCUUUCCAUUAACCAACUUUACAAAAGCAUAUCCCUCGAGAUGAAAUGCCGUUGCAUUGACAAAGAUUGUCAAACGAUUGCUGACGCAGUAGAAGUCAUUGAGCGAUAUGAAGCUGAUUUGGAGGACGGAGAAAAACGUAAACAACCUGUCAGAGCCCUAGGUAGCGAUGAUAAGGCACCCAGGAAGACACAGGGCAGUCCCAGUGUGUCCCAGACAGAGAUAUCGGAAACCUUGAAAGCUAUACUGUCAAGGCUUGAGAAAUUAGAGUCUGGUCAGUCAUCGAGAUUUAAUGGCAGACAGAAUCCACAUACGAGAGCCUGUUUCAUUUGCCAAGCCCCAGAUCAUUUUAUGAGGGAAUGUCCUAGGAAUCAGCAAAAUCAGAAUACUGGCAAAUCGCGUUGCUCCAAUAUGCCUGGCUCAUACAACCAGGGAAACUUCAGACCGUCGACUCAAUAG